CACUAUUCAUUCAAUGACUUUGUUUCUGAUUUUGUUCCUUUGUUUCAAAAGUGAUUAUGCUUUUGUUUUGUGGAAGAAAAGGCUUUAUUCUUUGUUGAAAAUCAGGACAUAAUUUUAGCCUUAUACCCAAUCUUAGGAUGAGCAAACAGGAACAGAUUCACUCAGGAUUCAGAGCUAUGGAAUAAUCGAUUAGCACAUUUGGUAAAUCGAUUAUUAGGCUUUAGCUCAACUGGAAAUGUUCAGAGGAACCAGAUAGUCGAUUGACACUGCAAGACAAUCGAUUAUGUGAUGUUGCAGAUUUUGAAGAAGAAUCAGAGGGCUACAAUAGUCGAUUAUCAAACAAUGAUAAUCGAUUAUUUACAGGUUCAGAAUCAGUAUUAGAAGAAAAGAAGGGAAGGAAUUAUUUGGGUAAAAAAAAGGAUUUGAAAAGAAACAAAGGUUUUAAAAGAUAAUAAGAAACUAAGGUUUGACUUGUCUUCCUUUGAUUUCAUUUUUGACUAAAAAUUGAUGGGAAAGACUUUAUUUUGAAUUAAAGAAAAGAAAGAAUACUUUUGGAUAUGUGGGGAGAGUUGGGGUUUUGGUGGAGCCAUCCAGGGGUACAUCAUAAUGGCUAGGCAAUCCACAAUUGCCUCAUGUACUUAUAGAAAUUGACGAUGAAAAAUAGAAAAAUUGACCUAAGGUCAGAUGCCGGGAUGACUUGUCGACACCAGAAGAAAUUAUGGCGUGGCGAAUGAAGAUGGCGAGCACUCUCCAGCGACUGGAUGCCUAGUCGGUGAUGCCGUGAUGACAGUGUGCAUGAUUUCUUUUACUGUACACUAAUUUAAGGUUCAUUUGUGCUAAACACAUGCAGUGAAUGGUUUCUUUUACCAUAUAUUCCUCAAAUACUCGUUUGCAUUAAAGUGUUAGUCAUUGUUAACUGUAAAGCAAAUGCAGUAAAUGAUUUCUUGUUACUGUAUUUUCAUUGAAUGCUCUCUUCUAUCCCUUAAUUAUUGUCUAAAGGUGGUGUGUUCAAGCUGGAAUUGUUUCUCCCUGAAGAGUACCCAAUGGCUGCUCCAAAGGUUCGAUUUCUCACAAAAAUCUACCACCCUAAUAUUGAUAAGCAUUCAAGCCCUUCUGAGUGCUCCGAAUCCAGACGAUCCACUCUCUGAAAACAUUGCUAAGCAUUGGAAGACAAAUGAGGCCGAAGCUGUUGAAACAGCUAAGGAAUGGAGUCGCCUGUAUGCUAGUGGAGCUUGAACUCUCCAAUUUUCAAAUACUCCGUAACAAAUGGUGCAAUGUAGCCUUGUUUACUGUUUAAAAAUGGGAUGCCACGACGACUGAGCAUGUUUUGAACCGUUUCAACAUUCAAACUGCUACAUUAUGGUUUCCCCCUCACCAUUGAAAAAAAUAAUAGUAUUAUUUUUUUUUAUAUUUUGAGAAAGUAAUGCUCCCUUUGCCCCAAUUUAAGUUGCAUGUUAACAAUUCACAAG